GCGCGCACGGAGGCGGUCCGGCGCUGUCUCAGUUUUCUGUAAUCGCUUUUCUGCUGCUACCUCCAGUUAAAUAGCAAGGACACGGGAGCGAGCAGACGGCCGUGUCUGUCUCCGUGUGUGUGGAUUUACUUUUCUGUCCGAGCCGUGGGAUUAAACGACGCCCGAGUUAAAGCAGCAUCGACGGCCAGCCAUCAGGGCCCAUGAUGUCCAGUGAAGUGCAAAGACCGGACGACAGCCCCAGCACCAGUGGGGGAAGCUCAGAUAUCGAACAAAGGGAGACCGCGCCACCUGAGCAGGAACGAGAGCAAGCACAGCCCAAAAAGAAGGAGACCAAGAUCUCGAGUAAAACUGCUGCUAAACUGUCAACCAGUGCCAAGAGGAUCCAGAAAGAGCUUGCAGAAAUAACACUCGAUCCACCCCCGAACUGCAGCGCUGGACCCAAAGGAGACAACAUCUAUGAGUGGAGGUCGACCAUCCUCGGGCCCCCAGGCUCCGUGUACGAGGGAGGCGUCUUCUUCCUGGACAUCGCCUUUACGCCUGAUUAUCCCUUCAAACCCCCCAAGGUCACCUUUCGGACAAGGAUCUAUCACUGCAACAUCAACAGUCAGGGUGUGAUCUGUCUGGACAUCCUGAAGGACAACUGGAGCCCUGCCCUCACCAUCUCCAAGGUCCUGCUGUCCAUCUGCUCCCUGCUCACAGACUGUAACCCAGCUGAUCCUCUGGUGGGAAGCAUCGCCACACAGUACCUGACCAACAGAACAGAGCAUGACAGAAUAGCCAAACAAUGGACGAAGAGAUACGCCACAUAAACUCCCCGCUUCUUCACCACCUGCACCCUUCGUUGUACCUCUCUCUCUCUCUUUCUCUCUACCUCUCUUACUCUAACCCCCCCGAGUCUGUCAAAGCACACUCACUAAAGCUGUAUUUUCAUCAUAAAGUGCCAAGAACUUUACGACCAGGAAGCAUUGUACCUUGACAUGUAAGGGGGGGGGGAAAGCAACAUUAAUUCCUAAACAUUGGCUCAUUCAAAUCUUUAGGUCUGCCUGGAAUUUGUUCUUAACCUGACUGGACAAACUUGCCUGGACUUUGUCAGUCAUUUACUCAAAAGCAUUGCCUUUAAAACAAAGUCCACUUUCAAAGCCUUUAAAUUCACUAAUCAAAGAGAAGUCAUAUUUUGGUUUUUGUUUUUUUUAAUAAUUCCAAAUAGUCACCACCAUUAUCUGAAACAAGUUAGAUCAGGGGUGUCAAACAUGUGGCCCAUGGGCCAAAACCGGUCCGCAAAGGCGUUCAAUCUGGCCCGCUUGAUGAAUUUUGAAAAUGCACAAACACUUCAUUUUGGUAGUGUUUUGUCA